GUCAAGGUCAUUUAAAAAUGGCAGGUCGAGUUUUCGGAAUUUCGUUACAAAAUCUGGUGCGUAGAGCAUUGGUGGCUAAUAUACCGCUUAGUAAAAGUGGGCUACGUUUGAGGCAGUAUUCUAACUUUCCUGCAAAGUCAUUGUUAUUAUCGAUUAGAGGCCAGCCUGUUUUCCAGAGACACACACGAAAUCUCUUCAUUCAAACCCAAGAGACGCCAAAUCCUAACAGCUUGAAAUUUGUACCAGGAGUCCAAGUCUUGGAUUCAGGGACUAUAGACUUCCCAUCAAUUGCCAAGGCAAAGAAUUCACCAUUAGCGAAACAACUCUUUCGCAUUCAAGGUGUAUCAUCCAUAUUUUUAGGAUCAGAUUUCAUAACAAUCACGAAACAAGAUGAUGAAAUAGAAUGGAAGUUGAUCAAACCAGAAGUGUUUGCUGUUGUAAUGGACUUUUUCGCAAGUGGUCAACCAGUCCUCACUGACACAGAAACAACACCAGAUACAACAGCAAUUCACCCAGAUGAUGAUGAAACAGUUGCUAUGAUUAAAGAACUCUUGGACACUAGAAUCAGACCUACAGUACAAGAAGAUGGAGGAGAUAUCAUAUAUGUGGGUUUUGAUCAAGAGACAGGCAUUGUUCAGUUGAAGAUGCAAGGAUCUUGCUCUAGUUGUCCUAGUUCAGUGGUCACAUUGAAAAAUGGAGUACAAAAUAUGUUACAGUUUUAUGUUCCUGAAGUUCAGUCUGUCGAACAAGUUGAGGAUGAAGUUGAUGAUGAAAAUGAGAAAGUUCUCAAGGAGUUGGAAGAUAAGAUAGAUGAUAAAGGAAUAUAGCCUGAUCAGGAUACUAUUUAGAUAAAAAAUGUAUUUUAAUUAAAAUACAAUGCAGUAUCUGGAAAUGGGGUGUUUCUUAAUACAUGGUGUCCCAAGAAAAUUGUAAUCAAAUGAGACAGGAAUUACUCUUUGUUCCUUCAAAAAUAAGUUGAAUUUUCACAUGACAAAGAAUAUUAAUUUUUCAGUUUAGCACCGAAAAAUCAUAGAAUUUUGUAAGUUACUUCUUUAGAAAUUUGAUAUUUAGAUGACAUGUUCUAAAUGACCUCCAUCAUGAUCAAUGUAGAACAGAUAGCGAUUCCAAACAUGAAAAUGGGUGAUGGUACAAGCUUUUCUAAAUAACGUGACCUGAUAUAGCUUUCAGAUUUUUAUGAUAAAUGAAUUAUCUGUCAGAUAACUGAAUGUUCAAGAAUAUUCCUUCACUCAGAGUUAUUUGUACAACAUUGAAAUAUGGGUGGAGGGCUAUACUACAACUAGCUUUUUUCCAAAACUAAAUAGAUUUACCGGGUGAAACUAUCAGAUGUUUAUGAUAACUAAAUAGUCUGUCCAAAUUUUAAGAAUAUUCCUUCAUCACUCAUGGAGUUAUUUCAUGUUCAUCUCAGUACAAUUUUCGUGACACCCUGUACAUAUAUUUGUUAUUCAAUUAUGGAUGUAAAUAUGAAAUAAAACUUUCAAUAUCAUAUCAAGGUAGUUAUUCAUUGGUAAAAGCUGGCUCCAUGCUGUAGCAAAGGAGCAGUGGCUUGAUUUGUGGUCAGGUGAGUGUUUAGGACAGAUACCUUUCUUGAUAUUGCAGGUCUUAAAGAUUAAUAAGAAUUAGAUACUUUGUUUUAUGUCCUGGCUAAAUUCAAAUCAUGUGAGGGUUCAAGGUAAUCAAAUACACUCAAACUAAAACACCAAUUUGUUUGCGAGGAAUUGUCUGGGAUUUCUGGCUAUAUAAGUGUAUGAUGUACCAAUUUGCAGUGACAACGGACGCUAUUAAUACCAUGGGCUUUUAAGAGAGUCUAUUUAAAGCCUAUGUUAUUACAUAAUAGUAUAUAGUUCUAUACAGUAUGCUUUAAAGAUGACCAUAGAGAGAAAAUGCACAAUUCACAUUCUCUAAAGUUUCAAGCCCACUAAGCUUAUUAGUCAAGGUUGCAUGGUUGCAAUGGCCUUUAUAUAAAAACAUAAUUUGGAUGGAUUUACUGAAUUAUACCAAUACAAAUAAUGCCAUUUUAAUGUGUUUUUGUUGCACUUUGGAACAUAAUUAAUAACAACAUAGUAGACGAAAAUAUACAAAAAUGUGUUUUUCUAGGAACAAUAGUGUCUAACAAGUGCUGCCGCAAACAAAUAAGUGCGGGAAGAACAACACAACAAGAACAAUAGU